CACAUUUUACUCCGAAAUUUUCAACGUUCAGUGCAGUUAAGUGGUACUUCCGUAACUCGGCGAACCUCUCGAAGAUCGAUCGACGCAAAACACCCUCGACAGUCAUGAACGGACUAAUCGUAUUCGGUCUCCUGGCCGCCUCGGCGUUGGCUGUCCCCAUGCCCGAUAACGUCGGUAAUCUGGAUUGCCUGAACCACGAGGAAAUGCUCUCCUGCAUCGCGGUUAAAACCGUCAGUGUCCUGGGAAGAGCUUCGAGGUCGAGUGACAUCCAAUUGAUCGACGGGGUCAAGUUCGUAAGGGACGGACCGAUGGAGCGUAGCGGCAAAGUUUUGGAGACCGAGACCGAACUGAUGAACGAACUGCCGCGCGACGCCACCGACAAGACUUUCAAGAUCGUAAGCAUGCUGUACGAGUCGACGAUGUCUUUCCUCAAGAGUCACAGUCUGAAAUUGAGCAUGCCCGAAGGAUCGAUCUCCCGCGCUCUGGAAGAAGGACGUGGUAAAAUCAAGAAAAUGGCUCUCCCUAUUAUCGCCGCUGUCGGCGUGAAGCUUUUCGCCCUUAUCCCACUGGCUCUCGGCGGUCUAGCUCUCCUCGUGCUGAAGGCUUUGUUCGUCGGCAAGAUCGCCCUGCUUCUAGCCGGUAUUUUGGCCUUCCAAAAACUGUUCGGCAGCGGCGGUUCCGCCGGAAGUUUCUUCAGCAAGGGCGCGCAGUCCGCCGCCAGCUGGGCAGCGGCACCCUCUUCUCAGGCAUGGUCAUCCGCUCCGUCGGCUCCUCAGACUCAGGGUUAUUACAGGAGUUUCGACACGAACGGCGAUGCCCACGACCUAGCCUACAGCGCACAGGCCCCCAACGAAGCUCAAUAACUCGUCGUGAGAAACCAAACGAAACGAAUUAUCGAUAUUAUGAAAUACGGUUAACGCGACCGAUCGACGGACCACCGGACACGAGACGGACGAAGUUCGACAAUGGAAAUACGUCGGAAGAGAGAAAAUUUCAAUUCCAGUCGGGAGGACGAAAAUCAGGACGGACAGACAACGCUAUCAUUAUCAACGAAUAUUGAAUAACUUUCAUUUAAUUUUAUCAUUAGUAUUGAUAUUGUUUUUUUUUUUUUUUUUUUUUUAUUUUUGUUCUCUUUGUUAUUUAUAAUUAUAGUGUAGCGAGAAUUUUCGAGAAAAAAAAACAAAAAUCAUCCUCUCACACAUUCGCAUAUUGAAAACGCGUGCCAAGUAGGAAUAUAAAAAGCCAUAAUUCCAGUGUCAUUAACGCAUACACGAUAAUUUGUAAUUACAUAAAUCUAGGUGUUUAGACCAUCGACUGUUAGCUUAGUAUUUAUACGAUAUAUACGAUUUGUAAUUAAAUAAUAUAAUAUUUAAUAAAUUAUUAAAAGAUUA